AUUUGGAGAUCGGCUUCGGCUACGGCUUGGCAGACAUUUUUUUCUUUCUACAAUUUUAAAUUAAAUUUAUUAGAAUAAAUGCUUCGAACACACGCGAUCUAAGUACCUUUUGUGUUUAUUAUACCUUACCUACCUAGGUAUAAAAAGAGUACUUACGUAGAUUUUCUUUUAUUAACUGUUUUAUACGAAGAUCUUGAUCUCUCAAAUUAGCAUCCAUUUUACUUCCAGUGAUUAUCAACUAAAUUAAUAAUCCACAAAGUAUUAAAUAACGUUUUUAUGAAAUAUUUAGCACAAAAACAAUACCCUUUAAAUAUCGAUCGUCAGUAACUGUGGCUGACUUACCUAUAUUCUAGCAAGCAGGACUGCCAGAUGUGAAGGGGAAAUCCCCAAUAAAUUGUUGCAUGUGACUGAUGAUGUGAGCAUGUUCGUUUCAUAAUAAAAAUGUUGCCAGGUAACCAAAAAGUCGUAUGUUUUUGUGCGAAUUACGAUCAUAAUCUUUACGAUCGUACAUUAAAAAAUAGACAAAUAAUAGUAUGAGUACGAUUUAAAUCGUAUAUCUGUCAACCCUGCUAGCAAGACAGCGACAAAAUCACGUUGCAUAACAAUGUAGCCCAAGCUUAUAUCUUAUGAAAUAUACGGAAGAGAUACGGACUUAGAAAAAACAGAAAUGUUGUUCUUUGUGGAAGUCAUUGAUGAAAUUCUAUGUAUUUUAGCCCGCAAACUUUCUUCAAACAAAAACAGCGCCAUCUAGUAUCGAGUUCUGUAAUUAUCUCUUUGUUUAUGGAUUUGAAGUAAGACCGCCACGCAUGCAAUACAUUAUGACUGGGGAUUCCCCUAUUCGUCGACGCUGAAUAUGAGGCGACGACAAUCACUGUCAAACGUGUUCACUAUUACUCUGACUCUGGUAACGUGACUUCCUGGUAACGUGUUAGGUAGGAAAAGCAGUAAAAAAGUGCAUAUUAAGGGAGCAGAUUUGAAAUAAUAUUUAUACUUAACAAGAAAUAAUUAAAGGUUCAAUGGGGAGACCUAAAGAUUUACGCAUAUGGGAGCACUACCGUACUUUACCAAACAAGUCUGUUUCUUGCAAGCUUUGUAAUAAGGUCUACAAAUUCAGUAAUGCUGCCAAAAUGCUUCAACAUCUUAUCACUUGUCCAAAAUCUCCAGAAACAUUAAAAGACUCUAUGAAACUUAUAAAAGAUAGCUCGUCCAAAACCAAAAUGUCUGGACUGUCAGAGAUAGAGACAAAUGAUUCUUUUAUAAGCCCCUCGUCGUCUGCUAACACUACAAUAAAUGCUGAGUUUCAAGACACCGAUGAUCAUAUAAAAACAGAAUUAGCGAGAGCUAUAUUUGUAACAGGGACGCCAUUAUCGAUGGUGCAACAUCCUUUAUGGAUACAAUUUUUCGAAAAAUUGCAACCAAAAUUUAAAAUACCUUCACGUAAAGCUUUAGCGACAAAAUACUUAGAUAAAAUAUAUAGAGAAAUGCGUUUUGAGUUAAAUGAGGAACUAAAUGCUUGUAGUUACUUACACCUUCAGUGCGAUGGCUGGUCUAAUUUAAGAAAUGAAGGAAUAAUAAACUUUCUUAUAUCAAAACCUCAACCUGCAUACGUUAAAAGUUUGAAUACAGAAAGUAAUCCUCACACUAGUGAAUACCUUAGCCAAGAAGUUGAAAAAGUAAUGAAAGUGUAUGGAGCAAAUAAGUUUCUUGUACUUAUUGGCGAUAACGCUAGAAAUAUACAAAAGGCAUUCGAAUUAACAAAACUCAAAUAUCCACAUGUUGUUCCUCUCGGUUGCUGUGCACAUAUCCUUAACUUGUUGUGCCAAGAUAUUGUAAAGAUACAAGAAGUAACUGUGUUUAUUAUGCAAGCCAUAAAUAUAAUAAAAACUGUUAAAAGGAGUCAACGAUUAAGUUCCUUGUUGAUAAAAUCAAGGCAGGGUGAAGAUUCUACACAAACACUAAAAUUGCCUUGUGCUACAAGAUGGGGAAGUCAUGUUACUUCGUUAAAAAGUUUGAAAGCAAAUAAGAUAGCUUUGCAAAUAUUAACAGUUAGAGAAGAUGUGGUAAUUUCAAGAGAUAUUAAAGAUUUAAUUCUAAGUGAUGAUUUCUGGACGAAGACAGGGGAAUGUAUAAGUAUUUUGGAACCAGUCACUGAAAGCAUAUUUUACUUAGAGAGCGACCAGAAUCGUUUGCAUCGCACAUACAUUACAUUUAGAGAUGUACAAGCUAAGAUACGUUUUGCAUUAAAUGAGAUUUCGACAUUGAGCGAAGAAAGCAAACAGCAGAUUCUAACAUCAGUAUCUUCAAGAUGCAAUAUGGCAAUGAGGCCAAUACAUUUUGCAGCAUAUAUUCUAGACCCCAGGACUCUAGGAGUCGAACUUACUCAAGAGGAAGAACUUAAGGGUAUGGAGUUUAUCUACAAUUUAAGCCAACACUUAAGUUUGUCAAAUGUAAUGGCAGAUUUGGCGUGUUAUAAAGCUAAAGAAAACUUUUGGGCCAGAGGAUUUGUAUGGAGCUCAUUAGAUAGCAUUGAGCCCCUAAUAUGGUGGAAAGGUAUUUGUGGUUCCACUGAGUUAAGCAAAGUAGCGAUUCGUAUUCUAUCAGCUCCCUGUACUUCGGCAGCCACUGAGCGUUCCUUUAGUAUCCAAGGCUACAUACAUAAUAACAAAAGAAAUCGACUUACAACUGAAAGAACUGAAAAAAUUUCAUUCAUUUGUUAUAACUGGAAUCUUAAACAUAAAGCUGAAUGCGAGGACAUUCAGUUUAAUGAAGAAAAUACCUUAGAAGCUUUCAUUGAGCAAGUAAAUGAACAUAACAGUUUAGACGAAAUAGAGCCUAUCGAACCUAUACAAUUCAUCGCUUGUAAUAACUCUGAAUCUGACAGUGAUUGACUGUAGUUUUACAUUUUACUUUCAUCUCUUUCUUAAUAAACUCAAAAUCAAAUUAAAAGUUUUUUAUUCUGUAGGCUGCAUAAUAAUAUUGUCUAUGUCCAGUAUAGUGGACGUCUUGCGGCUGAGAUGACGAUGAUGAAGUACAAAAUCAUAAACACCCAAAAAUUUGGGUGUUUAUGGGGUUUAAACCCAAUAAACCCAAAACACCCGGUUUUUACCCACCAGACUUUAAACCCACCCAGGUGGAUUGCCCAUC